GCGCCAGUGUCAGUCCUGGAGAGAACGGCGGUGGCGGGGCUGGUAGCCCGGCAGCCGCAGGUGGGGCCUCGAGCGCUGGCGGACGAACCAAGCCGCAGAGCCCCGGAGCCCCCGUAACCCGUGCGGGGAGCGCCCAGGAUGCCGCGCGGGAACUCGGAGCAGGUGCGCUACUGUGCGCACUUCUCUUACCUCUGGCUCAAGUUCUCACUUAUCAUUUACUCCACCGUGUUCUGGCUGAUCGGGGCCCUGGUCCUGUCCGUGGGGAUCUAUGCAGAGGUCGAGCGGCAGAAAUAUAAAACCCUCGAAAGUGCCUUCCUGGCUCCGGCCAUCAUCCUCAUCCUCCUGGGCGUCGUCAUGUUCAUGGUGUCCUUCAUUGGUGUGCUGGCAUCCCUCCGUGACAACCUGUUCCUUCUCCAAGCAUUCAUGUACAUCCUGGGGAUCUGCCUCAUCAUGGAGCUCAUUGGUGGUGUGGUGGCCUUGAUCUUCCGGAACCAGACCAUUGACUUCCUGAAUGACAACAUUCGAAGAGGAAUUGAGAACUACUAUGACGAUCUGGACUUCAAAAACAUCAUGGACUUUGUUCAGAAAAAGUUCAAGUGCUGUGGCGGGGAGGAUUACCGAGACUGGAGCAAGAACCAGUACCACGACUGCAGCGCUCCCGGCCCCCUGGCCUGCGGGGUGCCCUACACCUGCUGCAUCCGGAACACGGUAGCCACCGCUCCUGCGAGUUGCUCCGCUGUGCUGACCUCGCUCCUCCCCAUGCAGCGCCUCAGUGUGCAGGACGUCAUCUACGUGCGAGGCUGCACCAAUGCCGUGCUCAUCUGGUUCAUGGACAACUACACCAUCAUGGCGGGCAUCCUCCUGGGCAUCCUGCUUCCCCAGUUCCUGGGGGUGCUGCUGACGCUGCUGUACAUCACCCGGGUGGAGGACAUCAUCAGGGAGCACUCCGUCACUGAUGGGCUCCUGGGGCCAGGUGCCAAGUCCGGUGUGGAGGUGGCGGGCACGGGCUGCUGCUUGUGCUACCCCAAUUAGGACCCAACCUGGGAUGGCAGCUCCAGCAAGGACUCCCGUCUGGGACAGCACCUCUCACUCAGUCCACGUCAUGGGGCUGGACAGGGCUGCGGGCCCUCUGCCCACACUCAGGACUGACCACAGCCAGGGCUCUUAGUGUGUGUGUUUUUGUGUGUGGGGGGGGUCCCACAGCCGUGGCUGCCUCCCCAGGGAGCGGAGCCUGGGCCUCCCUUUAAAGACUUACCCAAGGCGGCUCCGGAAUCUGUGCCCACCUGCGGCCUGGGGAAUGAGGCCCUCUUCUUCCGGCCUGGACUGCGGGGGAGGGGAGCCUGGGGCCCCGCUGGGGCCCAUUUCAUCUCUGGCAGUGCCUUGGCCUGAGGUAUUCAAGGCAGUUUUGUAGCACUUGUAACCCUGGAGAGGGGAGGGGAAGGUGCCCCUGGGGCGGGAGGGAAGGGCUGUUCCCGCCGCCACGCCCAUGGCCAGCCUGGCCUCUUCUCAGCCUCCCAGGUGCCUUGAGCCCUCUUUUUUGCAAGGGCAGCUGCUUCCUUGAUCCUAGUUUUUUACGUGAUUUUUGUAACAUUCAUUUUUUUUGUACAGAUAACAGAAGUUUCUGACUAAUCAAAGCUGGUAUUUGCCCUCAUGUCUUAUUCUUGCCCUCCCCCCAACCAGUUUAUUAAUCAAUAAAAAUGCGAUUUUUUUU